UAAAUCAAAUCAGGCACACGGAUGAUGCCAAGGCCGAACCCGAACAAAGGACGCACCCAAGUGCUUCGUUCUUCGUGCUCCACUCGCUCGAAGCCAUGGCAGCUAUCGGGUGGUACGGCCCUCUCAUCGAUCUCUCGCGGGUGGUAUCGCACGUCGACGAUCUCGUUCAGCUUCUCGUAUUCGUCCGCGAUUCGCAACCCGUCGUCCUACAGAAAUCUAACACUUCAAAUGGAGGAACGCUGCUGAAGACUAAACUUCAGGUCAGCGAUGAUACAAGAUCAAUUUUUUCUGUUUCUCUCUGGCCAAAGCAUAUGGGAUCAGUCAUCGCUGCUGGUGAUGUAGUACUGUUGCAAAUAUUCCAACAAAUAGAGAUUCUCCUCAUGAAUCCAGAUGUGAAGAUCGUAAAAUAUAGAGAUGUUUUGGAAGCUACAACCGUACAGGUUUCUUUGCUGCAUGUUUUGCUGCAUUCUCGAGAGUUAAAUGCCUUUGAAGGUGUUGAAGAAUGGCAGCCAAACAUUAAAUUGUUGAUUGGGAAUACAACAAGAGAAAAAUUAAGGAGGGUUGUAGAUUGGGUUCAACAUACUGAGUCAGCAUUACAACAUGCCCAACAUUUAGAUUCUUCUCAUAGGUUGAAGAGAGAAGCAACAAAUUGGAAAGCUCACGAAGAAAAUGUCACACAGUGCUGUUCAUCAAUCUCAGAAGUAUCAAUCAUCAGCAACUCGUCUAAUGUAAUAUUUCAUGCUUCAGUUCAAGAAAUUCUUUUGCCAGCUACCUGGAUAUUGACUGGAGUUGAAGACAUAAUUCUUUCUUACAAGAGUUUGAUUAAAAUGGUUGAUAGUAAAACUCUAGAAUUUCUUAUUGGCACAGGUUGCAGGCUAUGUGGCAUUCCAAUUGCAUCCAGAAAUUCAAUGGACGUAAACAGAUUUCCUCUUUACUGUCAAAAUACUUCUGACUAUAUUCACAAAGUUUGCAAAAUAUAUAGACCAUUCAUGCUGUAUGUGUGGGACAAGACUGGGCGAAUCCCUCUCCUUGUGAAGAACAAGCCUGCAGAAACCUUAUUCGGUAACAUUACAGCGGAAAUGGUGUACGAAUGCUAUCAAGAAGGAAGUUGGAAACACUUGACUUCUGUGAACGCACCUGAUCGAUGUGAUUCACCGUGUGAAAACCAUAAAAAGCAAAAAGAAGAUUCAACUCAAACCAGAAAGGACAUAUAUGGUAUUUGGUUAUGUUUGUUAAAACUGCUGCUUCAACAUGAGAAGAACAGUCCAUUCCAAUUUGAGAUUAGCGUGGUAGCCGAGAACAAUAUUGAAUCUAGUCGAUUUGAACUGGUUUCCGUGAGAAUGCCAUGCCAUAGAGAUGAAGCAUCCUCCGCUUAGAAUCCUAGCUGACUUAAUAAUUCCUCUCUUAGUUAACAUUUAUCGGAUUUGUAAGGACCAAAAAUGGCUUAAAAUUGAGAAACUAUUGUGUCAUGUUCAUUCAACAAACCUUUUUUUUCCCUCAUUUCUCUUUCCAUCUUUUGUUAGAAGAAUCUCCAUUUCUGUAUAAUAUGAAACACAUCCAUAACAAAACUACACUAGAGGGUGCAUUUCUCAAACAAACCAAAAUUUGAUUCUCAAGCAAGGCACACCUCCAGUCCUCUGGUGAUGAACUACUAGUGAAGUUGGAUGCCAAGACAGCCACCGGACUUCUUGAAUUUAUUUGGUUAGCGUCUGUCCAGGAUUAAUUGGAUUGUAAAAUCAAAUCAUAAAUUAAUGGCUCAUCAUUUUUAUUUUUUUAUCCUUAAAAUUUUCCCUAAGAUUUUUCCUCUAGAUAUCAUUUUUCUAAACUAAAAUACCUGCUCAGAUUUAGGUAUGAUCUGAGCAGAUUAUACGUAUAUACCAACAAAUUACAAAGAAUGAAUGAA